UGUUGCAGCAGCAUCAUCCUCUUACAUCUCACAUCACAAACACAGAUACAACUCUUUGAAAGGCUUGUUUGGAUUUUGCAUGGAUGCUCCUUUUUGCUACAACAGGGAGUAACAGAAGUCCGAAGGCUCUAUGGAGGAUAAGGAAGUGCAAGAUUCAUCAUGCCUGAGCCCUGCAGGAUUGAAGUCAUUCAUCUGAAGAUCCGUCGGCCUAUGUACAUAAAUGUGUGCGUGUCAGCAGUGAUGAGUGAGCAGGCACUGGUCUAUGUGCCUUCAUCAUCAUGCCAGGGCCAGCGUCACCAGCCAGCCCUGCGCCGAGCUGCCAUGGUCGGGAACAGUGAUGCCAUGGCUGCUCUGAUUCAGGGAGGCUGUGCUGUGGACCUGCAGGACAGAGACGGCAACACUGUACUGCAUGAGGUGUCUUGGCAUGGUUUCUCUCACUGUGUCAAACUGCUGGUCAAGGCAGGAGCUGCUGUACAUAUCAGGAACAAGGUGACUGUGUAAUUUUACUAUUGUGGUAUAAGGACACUACAAUUGAACAUCAAUCAAAGCUAUGGCAGCAAAGGACUAUGUUUCUAAGGAAAGAAUGGAUUUUCUUUAUUUGGUUUGUUACAGAUGUAAAUACAGCAUUAUCUCAGUCUAGGUUCUCUAUCAGUGAAACAAUAUAACAUAAUAUUCAGCAAAAGUACAUUGAUACAGAAAUGUAGGGCACAUUUCUAAUGAUUUUCUUAGACUUAUGGAAGGCACAAAGAGGAAUUUCAUUAUAAUGUGUUAUGUGUUAGGUUAAGAGCAAAUAUAUUUGUGUUUCAUUGUUAUCCCCUUGCCCUCACAAUAUCAAAACCUCAUGCUAUUUCAACCCAAACUGUAACUGACUUAAAGAGCAUGUUUUAUAGUUACUUACAUAUGCAUUAUAAUGUGACAAAAAUGGCUCUAUGGACCAGAAGACCUGCCAAAUACCACAUUCAACAAUGUGGACUGUCUUGCCAAACUCUUAGAUAACAUCAGAAUAUCUGGUUGUUUUCCUCUUAGAGUUGUGGUGUUAUAUUCUCAUGUUAUAGAUGAUGGUAUCCAAUGAUCCACCCUGACAAGCUAACAUGAAAGCCCACUGUAGAGCUGUAUUUACUCUGUAGUAACUGUA